AUGACUCUUCACAUUCCUCGCUCACCAGGCACGCUUGGCUGGUCUCCUGCCUUGGACCGUCAGACCUACGUUGCAACGACUUCAAACACCACCGGGCUGGACCUCAGUUUAAGGCGAGACUAUUCUCUGCCAUCUUUGCCCCUAUUUAUGCAAGCGCGAUCUCACGCCAUCGCCGCACCAUUGAAACCAGCUAUCAUUGACAAGACUAAGAACGAAAGCUUCACCUACUCGAACUUAUUGAGUGAUGUUGCUAUUUUCAAGACAAAGAUUCAACAAAUACUUGAUAAUCACAGGAGAUCCAAAGUAAAUCUUCGGCUGGAAGAACCAAGAAUUGCUUUCCUCGUCCCAGCCGGCUAUGACUAUGUUGUUGCUCAAUGGGCCAUCUGGGCUAUUGGGGCCAUCUGUGUACCGUUAUGUACAACACAUCCUCUCAGCGAACUCCUCUACACGAUCUCCGACUCUGAUCCUUCCUUGAUCAUUCUACAUCCCAGCUUCCAGGGUCUCGAAGCGGGUCUUCGCAGCAAAACAGAGGAUAUUCCACUGCUCAGGUUCGACCCACUAUCCAAGUUUGCAAAGCUGGACAUUUCUCCAGCUGUCCCACCAUUCACGAGUUGUCCUGCCCUAUCGCAACGAGCAUUGAUCAUAUAUACAUCUGGAACUACCUCGCGGCCGAAGGGGUGUGUCACCACGCACGAAACUCUAAUAUUCCAAGCUCGAUCUCUAGUUCAAGCAUGGAAAUAUCAUCGUUCUGACCACUUGAUACAUAUGCUUCCACUGCACCAUAUACAUGGAGUCAUUAAUGGUCUCACUGCUACACUUCUCUCAGGCGGGACUAUUGAAAUGUACACCAAAUUCGACCCAAAGAUUGUAUGGGACCGCUGGUCCGAAGUGGGCUCAUCAACCAUGUUUAUGGCUGUUCCAACUGUAUACUCUAGACUGAUUGACUAUUUCGACGCCAAGAUAAGAGGCAGUCAAUCAGAGGCAGCAGCUAGGAAAGGGGCACGAGCCUUGCGCCUGACUGUCAGUGGCUCAGCAGCUCUUCCUGUAUCGACGAAGCAAAAGUUUUGGGAGAUCACAGGACACGAGCUUCUUGAGCGUUAUGGCAUGACCGAGGUAGGCAUGGCAUUGAGCUGCGGUCUUGAUCCUGCACAGCGUAUCAGUGGCAGCGUGGGCUGGCCCCUCCCUGGAGUACGAGUGCGUCUUGUCAAACCAGAGACCCAAGAAAUCAUCAAGUCUUUUGGCAAGGACGAAUCUGGUCUCAUCGAGAUCCAUGGGCCCAACCUCUUUGCUGAAUAUUUCCGCCAGCCAGAAGCUACUGCUGAUUCAUUUACCUCAGAUGGAUGGUUCAAGACGGGGGACGUGGCGAAAAGAGAUGCGCACGGAGCAUAUUUCAUUCUAGGUCGCGAAAGCGUAGAUCUAAUCAAGAGCGGCGGCUACAAGAUCUCUGCACUAGAGGUCGAAAGAAAAAUCCUUGGAAACGCUCAACUAGGCCCCAUCAUCUCCGAAGUGGUGGUCGUGGGAGUAGAGGAUCCUGACUGGGGGCAAAGAGUCGCUGCUGUCGUGAAAAUGAAGCACUCGGUAAGUCAAAAGAAACCCCAAAAUCUGGCAACGAUGCGGAAGCAUCUCAAGGAAGACAUGGCGCCUUACAAGAUCCCAUCAAUACUCAAGAUAGUAGAAGCCAUCGAGCGGAACGCGAUGGGAAAAGUGAACAAAAAGCGGAUCGUCAAGCGCUAUUUUGGGCCUAAAUUGUAG